UUAAAUAAAACACCCAAAAUGUAAUGAAAAUCAUCCAAAAUGUAUGUUGUGCGUUCAGAUGCCCUGUGUGAACAAAGUCAUGGAACCUUAUGACAAUCAGAUUACAUGAACUUGUAAAUCCGUUCAAUUCGACCAGAACACAACAGGAGGGUUAACAUAAUAUGCAUAUGGACAUAGUAAACUAUGUAUUUGACGUCACACACAGUCAAGAAACAGAAUAUAAGGCUGGAGCUCUUAAUGAAUCUGGGUAACAUUUUGUUUGUGGAUGAGGUUUGAUAUGUGGGCUGAUGCAUCUGGUAGAGUUGACUGUAAUAAAUAAAACGAGAGAGAGAGAGAGAGCGCGAGAGAUAGAGAUGUGAGUUAUUGUUUAGCAGCCACCACGCGGUCGCCGCUCAUUCCACCAGUAUGCAGCAGCACGAGCUGGCCGCCUGUGUGGCGCUGUCCACCCACGUGGUUCUGAAACACGCUCUAGAGCUCAGUGGCAGCGUGCCCACCCCCCCUCUCCCCAUCUAUAUCCGUCGCCUUGACGAGCACGGAUUUUAUUUAUUCUUUCACCUUUAUUAACCAAUAGCAAAGCUGAUGCAUUAUUGUUUUCAUAUUCGUUGUAGUAUUGGGAUAUGAUGUAGGUUACAGCUUGUGAUUGUGUAUAAUGGAAAAUGGUAUCGAGUUUAUUUAUAUAUGUAAUCUCGAUUCAGCUCUCAGGUAAUUAGUUCAUGUCAUGGACAUAUUACAGUGGAGUGAGUGGGUUCCAUGGUCCCAGGGUCUAACACAACUAACAUAUCAGAUAUGAUUUACCAGUUCCUGGGUCCCAGGGUUUGUGUGAGAGAGCGAUAGAUAGAUAGAGAUGGAGAGAGAGAGAGAGAGGAGCAUGUCAUCAGAGCAACCCUUUUCCUUUGCUCUCCAGACCUCCAUACGGGUAUUUUUUAAGCUGGCUGUGCGAUGUAUUAUUAUUCUGAGCCACGUGGGUUGCUUUGACGACAUACUCCUGCUGCGCUUGCUUUCUUUUACCACAGGACGGCAACGGAGAGCCUUUGUCACCCACACAGAUAUCAGGAAGAAUUGAAACGGUGGGAAUGGAUAUAGAAUACUUCGAGAAUAAUGUUGUGUUGUGUGUCUGUUGUGUGUUUGUCCUUACAGUCCCCGCGGUUCCAUGAGUUGUUGCUUAAUCCGUUUUUAAAAGGUAAUUCUGCUGUUUGCUAGAGGAAUCGGAGAUGGAAGGGAGUUCCAUGUGAUCAUGGCUCUGUAUAAAUCUGUGCGUUGCCGUGAAUUCGUUUUGGACUUGGGGACUCUGACGAGACCCCUGGUGGCAUGUAUUGUGGGGUAUAGAUGGGUGUCUGAAAGGCUACUAAUACUAAGUGAUAUGAAUAGUAUAGUAGCAGUACCCAUAGUAUUACACAUUAAAUGGAGUACUGUUUUUCUCUCAUGUUGAAUUGUUAUGGUGCUUCAUAUGUUUCCCAAGAGCUCGUAUUUUCACUGUAUAGCUUUAAAUGACUGGUAAAUCCUGAUUGGUAGCUUGUGUUAGGCGCUGUGCACCAAUAGCAUGCAGAACUGUACAAAGAGAUCUACUCCCUCCCCCCAGCCUCAGCACCGUAACCCUUACAAUGCUCAGAGCUGGAGGAGAAAGAGGGAUGUGCCGAGACACAAAGCGUCUCCAUCACUGUAAAAUAUGAGCGACGUUGACAUUCGAUUACAGAUUGAGUAUCACCACUCCAGCGAAAGGGCGAAUUUUGGGUGAAAUAAUAUAUUCGUUUUGAUGUGUCGUGGAACAAUGUGGAAUAGACUGCCCGUGUGGCAGGUUCUGCUAUGGUGGCAUCUUUUCUUUCUCUUGUGGACUACAAUAGACGGACAGACUCGAUACACCAUCCCGGAGGAACUGAAACAGGGCUCUGUGGUAGGAAAUCUAGCCAAAGAUCUGGUUUUGGGACUAUCUGAGAUUUAUCGUCGUAAAUUACGAAUAACCUCGGAAGCUGGUAAGCAGUAUUUCAGUGUGGAUCUGGGGAAAGGAGAGCUGGUCGUCAGUGAAAGGAUAGACAGGGAGGAACUGUGUGGACAAAGAGUUCCGUGUAUUUUGCCUUUGGAGGUAGUGAUUGAAAAGCCCUUGCAGCUUCACCGAGUUGAUAUUGAAAUACAGGAUAUCAAUGAUAAUUCUCCCAGCUUUCUCACCAAAGAAAAAGUAUUAAAGAUUGCAGAGUCAAUAAACCCAGGCGCAAGAUUUCCACUCGAAUGCGCACUGGAUCCCGAUGUCGCUGCGAACACUAUACGCUCAUACAGCAUUAACAAAAACGACCAUUUCAAAUUGAAUGUCAAAAAUCACAAGGAUGGUAGCAAAACUCCAGAACUGGUCCUUGAAAGGUCUCUCGACCGGGAGAAGCAACCUGUUCAUAAGCUUAUUCUCACCGCUGUAGAUGGGGGUGAUCCAGUGCGUUCAGGAACCUCUGAGAUUAGUAUCAUGGUACUUGAUAUUAAUGAUAACGCACCGCAGUUUGAGAGACAACUUUAUGAGGCUAAUGUUAACGAAAAUGCUGCACCUGGCACUCAGAUUUUACGAGUAAAAGCGACAGACCCGGACGAGGGAUUAAAUGGGGAGAUAGAGUAUGUAUUUGGAGAACAGACGCCAGACUCAGUGACUGCAUUGUUUGAUAUAGAUUCUUCGACAGGAGUGAUUGUAAUAAAAAGACAACUCAACUAUGAGCAGACGAGUUCAUAUAAAUUUGACAUAGUCGCUAAAGAUAAAGGCAACCCGGAGAUGGACGGACAUUGUGAUGUUGAAUUUAAAAUGAUUGACGUCAAUGACAACAUCCCAGAGAUAAUUGUGACGUCUCUAACGACACCUGUUCCAGAAGAUUCGCCUAUCGGAACCGUGAUAGCUUUGAUAGGCGCCAAAGACUCCGACUCCGGGGACAAUGGGAAGGUGCGGUUAAGCGUGUCACCAAAGUCUCCGUUCAAGUUGAACCCGUCGGUAUCUAAGCAUUACACCCUGGUAACUAAUGCUCCUCUUGACCGCGAGCGUUACUCUCAGUAUAGUAUAGAUAUCAGUGCCAGUGAUUCAGGGAAACCCCCUUUAUCCAGCAAGAAAACAAUCAUUGUUGAUGUGUUGGAUGUGAAUGACAAUCCACCGCUAUUCUCUCAGCCCUCGUACACGGUGUACGUCAAAGAGAAUUACGCACCAGGGAAAGUACUGUGUUCAGUCUCCGCCACGGAUUCAGACCUGGGGGACAACGCAAAAACCUCCUUCUCCAUCUUAGACUCCAAAGUGCAGGACGUCUCUGUAUCCUCCUAUGUGUACAUGAACUCUGACAACGGCAGCAUCUACAGCAUGCACUCAUACGACUAUGAGAAACUAAAGGUGUUUCAGAUUCUGGUGCAGGCCAAGGAUCACGGGUCUCCCUCUCUGAGCAGCAACGCCACUGUCCACGUUUUUAUCCUGGACCAGAACGACAAUGCCCCCGCUGUUAUUUACCCCUCCGCUGCCCUGGGCUCGCUCUCUCACCAGAAGAUGCCGCGCUCCGCUAAAGCAGGCCACCUGGUUACUAAGGUAACGGCUGUGGACGCAGACUCGGGCCAUAACGCCUGGAUCUCAUAUAAACUGGUGGAGGCCACAGACGCGUCUCUGUUCAGUGUCAAUCUUUACACGGGGGAGGUGAGGACUAAACGCGCUGCGUCCGAGCAGGACGACUCCUCUCAGAGGCUGCUUAUAGAGAUACAGGAUGACGGGGUGCCGGUCCAGUCCGCCACGGUCACACUGACCAUACUGGUAGAGGACGGGCUCCACGAACCCAUCUUGGAUCUCCGGCAGAAAGCUCCAGAACCCAGUAAGAAAAGCGGGAGAAUCACCCUGUAUUUGAUUCUCUCUCUGGCCUCGGUGUCCGUGCUGUCGCUGGUGACUUUUGUCAUCUUAGCAGUCAAGUGCGUUAGAAACAGCAGGAGCAGCGGUAGUUGCUGCAUGAGACGUGACGACUUGGACGGCUACAAGAACCCCAACAGAAACCUGCAGAUUCAGCUCAACACUGACGGACCGAUUAAGUACGUGGAGGUCCUGGGAGGGGACAUGUUGUCUCAGAGUCAGUCCUUCAGGUCAUGUCUCUCUCCCAUGUCAGAGUUCAGUGAUUUCACUUUCAUUAAGCCCAGCAGCACCACCGACUUUAAGGAGAUGAUCAACGUCCUAGACGCGUCUUUACCAGACAGCGCCUGGACCUUUGAGAGCCAGCAGGUGAGAAGUGACGUAUGAUUUAUUGUGAUGAUAAAGAUUAUCGAAUGUAGGCUGUUUUAUGACGUUAACAUACAGUUUUGUGUUGUAACAUUACACAAAUCAAAGCUAGAUGUUUUGGCAGUAUUUUCAUGACUCGGUAUUUAACAGACUCCAAUCUGUGAAUAAAUGUGCCACUGACGUUUGUGUUCAGUUGUUAUCAUUUAAGCAAUAGGUUAUUUAUUCCAUUUAAAAUAAUGAAUUGUCAGUAUUCAU